GCGAGCGUGAAACUCAGUAGUACGCUACCACCCACGCAUGUAGUACGCACGUUCGCUCCACGUGUGCCCCGAACGAGAACGAUCGUCGAUUUUACGCGACCUGCAAGAAUCGGAUAGUGUCCCUGUAUCACCCUGGUGCCAGGUCGAGCGAUUUCAAGCGGUUUCAAGAGGGUACAUCAACGGAAUUCAGUGAUCUGCAAUUCGAAGAUCCAUAAAUAAUCCAUCGAUCAUUUAAACGGAUCGAAAAGAGCGUAGAUCGGGCAGGAACAAGAGAAGAUAGAAGAAGAUAGAAGCUUGAAAUUGCACGAGUUUGUAGAGAAAGAAGAAUAGAGGAAGAAUCUUGAACGUGACAAUAGGUUCGUACUAUUUGAAAUUAAGUAUUCGUAUCUUCAUCGAGGAAACGUUGGACGUCGUAAAGUUUGGAAGAAGAACGCCUGGCACCGGGAGGAUCGAAUGAAAACGCGGAAUAGGAUGCGAAGCGUUCGUAUUAGAUGAAGUUCGAGCUUACGCGCAGUAGAAGAGAUGGAUCAAGAAGCUGCACGAUUAUUCUGUUGAUCGAUGCGUCAGCGUUCCUUUCGCGGCAGAAAUCUAAGAUGAAAAUCCGCUCGGCGGGACGAGAUAUUUUUUCAAGUGGCGCGCUGACGACGCUGCCUCUGCGACUCGCAGCUGAGAAUCCCGAUCGUUAGCACCUUUAAGAGACCGUUCCUGAAGAUCGAGAAUCAGCCAUCGUCUCCGACAAACUCCGCUUAAAAUGUCUGGAACGGAUGCACAUGGCGGUGAUACGAGUCCCACGCGUCAGCCAAGACAGAGUAGAAUUCACAGCGUCGGGUUACCGGCACGAACGUCCCUGCUUCCGGAACCCCCGCCCGCCGGAAGUGGCGCUCCACCGCCGAUACCACGCCGCCAUUCCGCAACACCUACGGUUGCUCCGCCACCGAUACCACUGCGGCCGCCAGCGAUCCCAAAACGGAGCAAAAACGAGAAACCGAUCCCGAUACAACUGCCGACGAGACAGGAGGGUCAGACGAAUCGACGGAAAGCCAGCGAUCCAACUCCACCUUCUUCGUCGAUUUUAUCCUCUUCUUGGACUCACGAUACGAACAACGAGAAGUUAAUCGAUCUGGGUCCCUUGCAGGCUCAGGAUCAACCGGACAACCAAGAAUAUACGUUGAAUUUUAGCAGCAAGGAGGCGCAAAAUAAUAAUGAGGGGAACGAUUUUGUGGCGGACUUCGACAAAGCGAAUUUUGAGGAGGAUUGCAAGCCGAAUGAGAAAUCCAGUUUCGAAGAGUUACAGAAGGCGUCGAAAGAUUUAGAGAAGAGGUUGCACGAAAGAAUCGUGAAGAGCGCCGAGUCGAAGUUCAAGGAUCAGGCUAGAGAAGGAAGACAGAGACAGGGGGCGAAUGUGCAGAAUAACAGGCUUCAGUCGUCGAAGACGGGGAAGGAAGGCUGCAAGGAAACUGCAGACAGAAAGUCUCGGGAGAAAAUUGCUAUGUCCCGAAGGGAGGCCCUGCAGGACGACGAGACGAAGUUUGCAGCCCUGGUGAGGUUGCAUCGCGAAGCAGAGAAGAGAUGCAAGUUCGAAGAGCUUCAGGCCGCCUCCAGAAAACUUGAGAGACGGCUAUACGAGGAGGACGAUCACCUCAGAGGGAACAAGGAGAGGUCUAUCGGCAGGUACGAGGAGCAGAAAUCCGCGGAAACGGGACCGCGCGGGAAACACGAGCCGGAGAUGGAUAGGGUGAGGAAUAUUUUGCAGCACAAUCUGAGGAAGGAAAGGAACUGCGAAAAAUUGGAAAAGCUACCGAAGGCGACACAGACGAACCUUCCGCCACCCCUGAGCGCGAUCUCACAGAGCUCCGUACCAAAGCCUAUUAGCGUUCGACAGGACAGCAAUGUUUCUUCGGAUAGCUUCAGUCAGACUAGCUCGCCUAGUUACACCAGCAAGACCAUGGAGGCUCCCCUUUUACCCCAUAAAUACGGAAAAGUACCAGAUAGGGCACUGGUGUCGGAGCCGGACAAUUCGUCCGGUCGUACGAUCACCAAAUCGACCAGCACACCAGCGAGCCUCCAGGCGAUCGUCAGAGUUCACGGUGGUAACAACGGCUCCUUGCAUCACAAGAUAAUCAGUGACAUGACUAGCAGACAUUAUGUGACUAACGGCAGCCUGCGCUUCAGAUUCGUGCAGGUAUUCUUCAAUGCUGUCGCGUUGUUGAUCAUCGCCGGAGGUCUGACCAUUUACUUCAAGUCGUAUCCAGAGACGCUUAUACGAGUAGAGAACAAAACGAUCUACACGAACAUGGUCACGUUCACGGAACGAGUUCCAGCGAUGACCGAGGAAAGGAAUCCGGCGCCAGGAGUGUGUCUGCCCGUAAUCGUGACCUUCUGCAGGUACCAUAAGAUCCCGUAUAACUUCACCAUCUUCCCGAAUUACAUGGGCAAUUUUGGGCAACGCGACGCCCAGCACGAGCUAGAGCUUUAUGGUGCUGUGAUCGACGUCAAAUGCUACGAAUUGGCCGCCCUCUUUCUAUGCAGCGUUUUUGUGCCGAAAUGCGGAUCUCGGGGCCACGUGGUGCGACCCUGCCGUAGUCUCUGUUUUCAUACCAAGAGACGGUGUGGGUUUUUCCUGGAAGUGUUCGGCCUGACUUUGCCGGAGUAUCUGGAAUGCGAUCUGUUCCCUGAAAAUUCCAAUCCGGACGAGUGCGUGGGGCAUCAAGAAGUGCUGGAGGCAGCUCGAAGAGCUGAAAGACCUGUAUGCACCAGUGGGUUCCAAUGCGAUGGCACCAGAUGCAUUCCGGUUGACUGGCGAUGCGACGGCUACUUGGAUUGUGCGGAUCACAGCGACGAGACUGAAUGCGGCGAGUGUGCAGCAUCCUCUUCCUCUUCGUCUUCCUCCGUCAACAGCACAAAGAUCAUGAAGAAACCCAUCCUGGCGAUGAACACCAUGUUCAAGUCUGCUUUGCACUGCGGGGAAAGAAGGUGCAUGUCGGCUAACCACAUCUGCAACGGAGAGAUGGAUUGUCCUUGGGGUCAGGAUGAGCGAUAUUGCUUGAGACUGAGUCAAAGAAACGGUGACGUGGGUGAAGGAAGGCUGGAGGUAUACCACGCAGAGAUGGGCAAGUUCAUGCCAGCCUGUAUCCCUUACUGGGAUUCGAAUACCGCUAAAACCAUCUGCUCCAUGCUCGGAUACACGGCGCCGCUUUCAUCCAGGUUGAUGGCGCAAGGUAUGAAUCUUACUCAAAGAGAAUCUAAGGCACGCCGGACGAACCUUCUAAAAGAAUUUCAAGAAUGUAUCACGGAUCAAGAAGCCUAUCCAACUGCUGAAUUAACUUGUUCAGAAUAUGCUUGUGGACGGAGAAACACGGUUUAUGGGCACGUGAAAGCGAAAACGAGAAUCGUAGGUGGUGUAGAAUCAGCUCCUGGUGAUUGGCCUUUUCUAGCAGCUCUUCUUGGAGGUCCUGAACAGAUCUUCUACUGCGCUGGGGUUCUGAUCGCAGAUCAGUGGGUUCUCACUGCGUCUCAUUGCGUGGGAAAUUACACUGAUAUAACUGGAUGGACGAUACAACUGGGGAUUACUAGAAGACAUUCGCACACUUACCUUGGUCAGAAGCUUAAAGUGAAAAGAGUCGUUCCUCAUCCAGACUACAAUGUAGGUGUCGCUCAGGACAACGACGUGGCUCUUUUUCAGUUGGAAAAACGAGUCCAGUUUCACGAACAUCUAAGACCAGUCUGUCUGCCAACAGCUGAUACCCAUCUAAUACCUGGAACACUGUGCACUGUGAUUGGCUGGGGAAAGAAAAACGAUACUGACUCUUCUGAAUACGAGCUAGCUGUGAACGAAGUUCAAGUUCCAGUCUUAAACAGAGAAGUUUGUAAUCUGUGGAUCACGUACAAGGAAUUGAACGUCACCGAUGGAAUGAUAUGUGCUGGAUAUCCGGAUGGAGGGAAAGAUGCGUGCCAGGGCGAUUCCGGAGGUCCUCUGCUGUGCCAAGACGAGCACGACAAAGAGAAAUGGUUCGUAGGUGGAAUAGUUAGUUGGGGUAUAAUGUGUGCUCACCCGAAACUACCAGGGGUGUACGCUUAUGUGCCAAAGUACGUGCCCUGGAUUCGCAGUGAGAUGGCCAAGUACUCUGACAUAGGUAUGGGCUAAUUAAAGAAUAAAGAUCGGGACGACGAUGACUCGCGCUAAUAGGAGUCAUUCACCGAAGAAGUAUUCAGGUAUUUAGUUAAGACAAUAAUUUGAAUGACAAUAAGUCUAGUCAAGAAACUAAAGAACUUUGUUAGGUGUCAUGAAAAAGUAUUUUGAAGGUAUUAGUAAUUAUACACUUAGGUAGACGCGAUUAUUCCAGCCGUUUGUGUUGAUCUGUUAGCUUAUAAAGAUUCUACUUUAUUACCAGCACAAAAUGUGAACAUAUUGAUACAAAUUCCCUUUUGAAUAGCACAUUUUGAAACAUUGUACACUGGUGAAUCUUUCGAGAAUAUCUUUCUCUAUAAAGACGAUACAAUCUCAAUUACGACAGACGCCGUGACAGACAGUUCAAAGUCUUCGUAUUCCGUUUAGCUAUGAAACUUGCUCCUUUCAACAAGUAUUUUUACCAUGAACUCCUGACAUUCUCUCUAAAUGACAAUAAAUCUGACGACAUUAAGGAUGAAUGCAAAUGUGAUCAAGUUCUAAUAAUCCAUGUACGAUUAUUUAAACAAAGUUCAGAGUCAAAGUAGGAAGUUGGUUGACGUAGAUUAAACAACGGUUUCGUAUCUUUCCGAUUUCCUACGACAAUAGCUUUAAGCAAUGAAUUUAGACUUUUGCAUUCUAUUUCCAUUUCUAUGCAGAGGGUACUUUGAAACUUCAACAUAGACAAACGUCGACAAAUUUCGAUUCUACGUUGAUCAAUUUCUAAAAGCUUCUUUUACACUUUAACGAUAAGAAAUUUAGGUAAGAAUGCAAAAGCAAAGGUGAAAUAAGCGGAAACAUACUAAGGAGGAAGAAAGCUUCAGACAACGAGCUCUCGUCGCCAUUUUCUAGAAAGUCAACGGCCGCUUCUACUUUGAAAAAAGAAAAACCAAAAUCGAAGUAAGUUAAGCGAAAGUGUGCGCAAACUUCCCGUCGAAGUUGGAGGCGGUCAAAAUUCUGCAUCAGAUGCGACAAAAUAAUUACAGAAAAGAAAGAGAUAAGAAAGAAAAUUUUCUAUCACCGUCGGUUUUUCGAGGAACCGCGUACGUGCCACCAAGUGGUCGAUAAUUCAAUGGGUGUGCGUUUUACUAAAGAACGUCUCUGUUCGAUGGUAAAUUUGGAAACUGUGGCAAUAAAAAAUGAUCGUAAAAUGAACAAACGGAUCGUGAUUUCUUUACAAAAGAUGCAAGAUGAAUUAAGACACGAUCGCUUCUGCUUUUAAAAAAUUGCUACGGAUACUUUUGUACGAGUUUUACAAACGCACACCCAACGUAGGUAAAAUACUAUGCACACACUGCAUGAGAUGCAUCAGUGCAUUCGUAAUAAACGUUUCGUUUAACUAUAAGAGUCUACUUUAGAGUAUUAUCGAUAUGGUUAAUCUAAGGUGUAUGUUUGUUAACGUAGAUGUAAAUUAUAAUAUGUAUACGUGUUUAGCGUUGCGUGUAUUAAUUAUAUAGUAAUGUAACUCACAUGUGUAAGUAUAGACAGAAGAAACAUACAUAAAUACGUAUGCAAAGAUAGAAUAUGUAAGCGUUAGGAUCGGAGCUGAGUUCGAUUCAAUCGUUAGGUUCAGUUAUUUUUAAUGAAACUUGUUUCAUAGUCAAUAAUCUAGCAAAAUGUCUUUGCAGCGAUUUCAAUCUACCGAUGUCGCAAAAUUUAACAAUCAUUUUGCUUUUCUUAAUCUUUGAGAAAUUAGAGGAAGCAUUAUUUCCUGAUUUUAACUUCUAACAUUAUAAUAUCUGUAAUUUUCAAUUUAAUUUUCUCAGCUCCCUGUUUAAAGCUUGACUAAUAUACGUACUAACUAUACUAAUCUCCAGCCCGUGCUUCGAAGGCAUUGAUUCAUAGUGAAAGCAUUCGAAGCAUAAGCAAAAAUAGUAUCUGAUAUUAUAACUGAUACAACGCUGCUUGUAGUAAUUCAUUAGAGCACUCGGCUAGCUUAGACGUUAGAUUAACACAUGUUGACUGAAUUCUAGGGACAAUACUCUGCACCAGCACUUUUUUGAUCUGCACCCAGAUGAGACGAAGAUAAAAAAAAAAAAGAAGUGAACAUAGUUUUUAAAAACGAGUAUACUUUGUACUUGAUAUGUAUAUUGUUUAUGAGAAGAAAAUCUAGGAGCCUUACUAAUUGACUUAGACUUUUUCUAAGCGAUAAGAAUAGCGGUAUUGUUGGUCAGGACAAUAAUCGACCUCGUUUUUUCGUAGCGCCAUUUUCUUAUCCGUCUUUCUCUCUCCAUCGGGGAUACUUUUUGUACUGUUCGAAAUACGAAGCUUGUUUUUUACGUGAAUUUUUUCAUAGAUAUUUCGUAAGGGACAAUUUAUCUAUAGAGGUUUCAGUUUGUAUAAAAUGGAGAACGUUUUACCGUCGCUAGGUAAAAGGAUGCUUCCACGUGUUUCUGCUCCGCCGUUUCCGGAAGUAACGACGCUUGCUCUCGUUUCGUAAUCAUUCGAACGGUUCCUUUUCUCGAAUGAAAUGCUCACUUUUCAUCCCUAAGACGCGUUAGAGGAUAAAAGUCUUCCUUAGUAUCCAGACAACAGGUAGUUUUAAGCGAGGAAUAAUGUAACAUUUAAUAAUAACCGACAAUACUGUGUGAGCAGACAAUAAAUAAUAUUAGGAAAUGUUCCAGAAUGGACAAUAAAUUAGCUCGUAAGCUCGUUAGGAUAUAAUUUAACUCGGUAAGCCAGCAGAUAUAUGCAUGUGAUCGUUGAACAAUUCUCUCGUGCAACGUGUAUCAACGAUGUAGUCGUUGAGCAAGAUGAUAGUUUAAAAUUUAAGAAACGCUAGAUCUAAACUGAGUCAGCAUUUAAUCUUUGAUUUUCGAAUGUUUCUCAACAAUUCGUUUCUCCAUUGCCAGAUUCUAUUCAAUGUUAAAGAAGUACUGCCUCGGUUUCCAAAUAUUAUAGCUCGAUUUUUUUCUAGUUAAAUCGGUGAAUUAAUUUAAAACAUUAGUUUAAAAUAUCCGCUACUGUCUGACUAAGAGGAAACUUGUAAAAUAAGCGUUUGCCCAUUGUCAUAUGCAGUCUCACUACUCGCUGCUACUUUCAUAAGCUUUGGUUAGCUCGUACAUGAAGCCGAAAGAGAAAAUACGUAAAACGUAAAAUGGCGAAGUUAAAAAUCAAACAGGACAAUCAGGAAUGUUAGAACGUUUUCUUGACGAGGAUAUUUUUCUAAAUCGAGUAGAGGGACGCUUGAUUUCGUACAAUAAUUUAGAAACGUUCGCAGUACGAUAGAUUUGAGAGCGGAUGAUGCAAAGUUUUACGAUAAACAGCACGUAGAAAGUACUUUUGCUUUGCAUCUAAAAAAAAGUAGCUUCUGUGUUUCUCCUUUCUCUUAGAUUUCAUAUCAAAUGGCAGUUUUCGAAUCUCGUCUUCAACUAUUGUGAUGAGGUGGCGGUUUGUACAUGAAAUCGACACUUAUACGUAAGUCUAUAAAUAAAUUAACGUGUAAGCAGGUGGUUAAGAGAACUUACAAAUCUAUUUUACAGAAACGAUAUCGCUCGGUUUAGUUGGUGGCCCGGCACCAAAGAAGAAAAAAGAUCGUAUAUUUCCUUUGAGACGAAACGUGUUUCGCACGAUGGAUUUUUAUAUAUUUUUUUAUCGACGUGGGUAGAAGAAUGCCAAGAGAAACGACGAGAGAAAGCGAAAAAAGAGAAAAAGAUACGCGCGUAGAUCAUGCGGAACGUGAGAAUCGUGAGAGUCCUUGUUUCAUUGAAUGAUUUUAGAGGUUUUUUACGCGACAAACGUUACGAGUCAAUAAUCGUAGUCAAUUUAGGAGUAGAUGUAUCGUAGGCAAGACGGCUGUAAUGUUUGUACUUGUUAGGUACCGUGAAAUCUUCGAGUAGAUCACGUUUCCCCUCAUUUUCUAUGGUUUCUCACAUUUGUUUAAAUUAAGAAAGAAACAAGAAAACGCAUCCUUUCUUGCAACUUUUACAGGUUUUUUUAAUAAUCUUCCCGAUUCUCUUGGACUUCCACUGGUUUUAUUAACAUUCCUUUAGAAUUUUUCUAAUUUUUCUGAAACUUCACUAAUCUUCUAAUUGCUAGAAUCUUUCUAUAUUUCUUGAAAUUCUUUUCUUCGUUUCCGCUUACUUUCUCAACUCCAUGUAGACUUCGUUUGGAAUACAGAAAUUUUUAUUUUACGAACAUUUGGUCGAUAAGCUUUUCUCCUGUCUUUUUUUUGUGAUUAAAUUCCCAGAUCGAUUAAUUUCGAAAUACUCGAGGUUGUCGCGAAUUUGCUGCGCACAAAAUAACCGAUGUCCCCCUAAGGAAGAAAACUUCUUCCUUAGAAGAAGACUCGAGAGGAAAGUCUUCGACAGAUAUCACGAAACUGUGUAACUACUCCUGUGAAGUCAAUGUUUCGAUUAGCGAAGUAAUCCUAUUAAUUACGAUAAUUACAAAGCUAGGAAAAGGAAAAAAAUGAGAUAACUAUCUACGAUAAGAUUAUUCUAAGCUAUCUAAGCGAAAAUGGUAUACUUAUACACACUCACACCUAAACACGCUGUAAACGUAUUUGUACAAACAUAUUCCGAUCUUGAACGAUUUACACUCGAGCCGUCUAACAUCGGAGUAUAAGAUGUAAGAAAAAAUGAAAUGUCUAAACGAUAAGGAAACUUAGCUUAAGGAAAGAGAGAAAAAUGUUGUCGUGACAGAUGUGUACCAUAAAAGAGGAAUAAUUAAAAUAUGUAAAUUUUAAGAUUCAUGAAAGAGCGAGGAUAGUUACCAGCGCAUCCAUACAAUCGUCGUUUGAGCUUGAACGUUGUUAUAAUAAAUACGUCACUGUAUAAUUACUUAUCGAAUCGACGAUCGGCUAAAUCCGUAUCGGGUAAAUUAUACGUCAAUUCGAAGUUUCGAAGGAUAAACCAGGUGUAAUAGGAUUAUUUUAACGAAAGUAAAUGACGUGGGAGGAGGAUAUAAUUGGAUAGACUAAUAUACUAACGCGAUUCGAUUUGGGUUUAGCGGAUCGUGUAGCGGAAAAGUUGCUCUGUGAUCUUCCUCCGAAAGGAAGUUUCCAGGAUUACUAGGAAUUUAUCGAAUCAUUAUUACUACAUUAAAUAUCAAAUACAUGCGACAAUUUCUAAUCGUAGAAUUUUAUCAAAAUACGUGCUUUUUUAAUUCGAAGAAAACGUUGCGCGUGAUACAAAUUUUUUCUUUUUUUUUUUUUUUUUAUUACGAAACUGUACCGUCAAAACUUCCUUGUCAUUGCAAGAUCUCAAGAGCAGUCGUUGUCAAAAAUACCAGCAAGCCGUUUCAAAAGAAAAUAAUAGAAAUUCUCUGUGGAAACGUUUUGCAAGCAGGAGAAUUAGAUUUAAGUACACGUGUAACACACGCCUAAUUAGUCGCGUGCUAACGGCGCAUUUAUAUGCUACGUAUCUCGCCCCGCGUUCUAUUCGAUCGGGUCCUCGAUGAAACAGCUAACAACGACACCGAAGAACAAUCAUAGCGAAGAAUAUCAAGAGAAUUAACUUUUUUAACACGAUCCCAAUACUCCAUAGUUGAUAAUAUAAAAGAGAUGAAACAGGCGAAUACAACGCGGGGAUGUCUAAAUGUGAUUGCUUGUUGUGCCCGACACAAAUCCUAAUCGUACAAUCAGUGGUCGAUAUACCAAAUACAUAUACACAAACAUAUAUAUAUAUAUAUAUAUACAUAUAAAAAAAUAUAUAUUAAAAGAAAAAAAGGAGAAAAAAUGAAAAAUAAAAAGAAGAAACCGCUAAUGUUUGCAGAAUGUUUGAAGAAUUAAUUACAAGAUGAAAUAAUUCUAUAGCCAGAGAGAAAGAGUAUCUUUUGACUCGUUCAAAGGAUUUUAAUUAAAUCAUAAGCGAUGUUUGUAUGUUGUAUAUGUUACACGUAGAUGUACAUACAUAACUAAUGUAUACACAGACACAUACGUAUAUUUAUAAUAUACGCAGCUAGAUUAACGUUGACUCUAAACGUAGGUAAACAUUCCACGCGUUCUGUGUCGCUGUGAUUGGUACAUAGACCUUAGGCCAGUGUUGUACCGUUAGAUUUCUAAUUAUCAUUAACGAGGAACCGGGACAGUCAUUGCCAUCGAUCGCUCGAAUCGGCCGAUCGUUAGUUUCGGGCUUCGCUGACACGAGUCUUCUCCCGAUAAAAUAUACAGUUACCGAGAAAAUCGUCAAAAUGAAAUUUCUUUAAUGAAUUCGAAAGAAGAUCCGGAGAGUCUCGGAGAUCUGUCAGUUUACUUUGCGACGAAUUACAACAGCUUUCUUCUAAUGUAUCAGCGUUGUAUAAGAAUAACGUCGAGGCAUUCUGUGUUUACGUAAUUUCGCAACUUGCGUGAAAAAUCGGUAAAUCGAUGGUCAGACGGUCGAAUCUGUAAUCGAUCAAAAGGCUGGAAGAACUUUCAGAAGCUUUGUUGACAAAUUUCCCGAAGUAAAAUAUUUCGUUAAUUAAUAUCAAUCUUCGAUCGUGUUGCCAGACGUAUCAGCGUUAUUAGUUAGGCUACCGCGGUUGUCUAAGGAGAAAUUGAAAGCUGACAGAAAGGUAAAACGCAGUAGAUUCCAUGUUUGCACUGCCUUUCGCGUGAGAAAUGACUGUCUGGCCUCUGAACGGUUCAAAAAGAACGGCGAAGAGAAACAAAAGUGGCGUUGUUACAUAUACACGCAUAUAUCGGUGUGUUGGAAUGUCCGCAGAAACUUAAGUAAAAGCAGAUAGAAAAUAAAAACAAAAAAAAAAAAAAAGAAGAAAAUGGAGAAAAAAUAUCUAUAUAAGCGUAACAUAUACUAUAUAAUGUAUAAUGUAUGGUAGUAGAUUACCAGGAGGAAAUAAUGUGAAAUGAACUCUUGCUGGCCGAGAGUUGUAGCGUGUCGAUUAGCAGUAUAUCUAAACUAUAUGAAGAUGCAUCUACCUGCAGCGGUCUCGCGUUUUAAACCGCGAGAACAAACAAGAAAACGAGACGGGGGGCGGGGGGAAGUAAAGAAGAAGGAGAGUAAGGAAAGUAAAGGAAUUUAUGAUGUCGGAACAUUCGCGUGGGCCGCGCGAUACAGAAUUUAUAAUAGGAACGAGCUUACUCGUUCCCACUUUGUAACAUUCUGCUCUCUGAAAUUAUUAAAAAAUAUUCUCAUUUGAAAUUUUAAUUCCCAAAAUUAAUCUGCGUUGUGAUAAUUUCAGAUUAACGACAGCAGAAGAUUAAUUUCAUUCGACUGUAAUUCUUCAAGUGGAAUUACUCUACUCGUAUGCAAUUUUAUAUAUCAGAGAAUCGAAACCCUUAAAGGCUAUCAUGCGUGACAUUUCAGCCCGCACGAAUUUUGUUGUAAUAUUAUCGUCCAUCGAUAGGAUCAUCGCAAUGUUAUUUAUACUCACUGGAAACGAUUUAAUGAAAAUUCCAUUUCUCUCGUAUUAUCAAUUUCUAAAACACAGAAAAAAAAAGACGUGGUUGGAUAAAAUUUCACUCGUGACAAUAUUAACGUGACUUUAUUUAAUGAUAGCUUUUAAGGGCUGCGAUGAGACGUUGAAGUUCUUUCGAAAAGAUGCAAGAAGAGGAGGAAUAUAUUUUUGCAGAUUGAAUGCGAGGAAAAUUGAUUAGUUUCAAAGUACAAAAGACAAUAAAACAAGUGACUUUUUGCCAGACAUAUCCGGGCAUAUCGUGUAAAAUGGAAAGGAAAGAAAUGGAACGGGAUAAGUCGAUAUUUUCGAUUAUACCGGAAGAGUGUUUCGAUCUGCAAAAAUGGAUUUCGUCGUUAAGGAGAAUGGUACGGCAGGUGCGCGCUAUGAGCUCGUAAGUGCAACUCGGAUCGGUACAAAGAAUUAUACUACAAAGAAACAAAAACAGAAGAAUAAGAAUACAAAAAACAUAAUAAGAGAUAAGACAAAGAUGUAUGUGCUGUAAGAGAAUACUACUAUGCAAGUUAUGCAAGAAAAACACUAUAUCUAUGAUGAAUGUUGAUAUAUGAUAUAUUUAUGGAAAAUUCGUGUUGAGAAAUAAAUUAUGUAUUAAGAGUA